AAAUGUGUGUCUGCACGUCUUUGCUCUAGUGUUUUGGGUCAGAUAACAAUGGAUUGUGUUGUCAAGCCACCUCAAAAGGGUGAUCCAUCUUAUGAUCUUUUUAUUAAGGAAAAAUCUGAGGUACUGAAAUCUUUAAAGGAAAGAGCGUUGCUAGUUGAGAAGACCUUUAACAAGAUUAGAGGAAUGAAAUGUAAUGCUGUAGUUGGAGCCAUGUAUGCUUUUCCUAGAAUAACUCUGCCUGAAAAGGCUAUUCAAAAAGCUAAGUCACUUGGACAGGCUCCUGAUUUUUUCUAUGCAAUGCAACUUCUUGAGAAUACUGGGAUAUGUGUAGUACCUGGAAGUGGGUUCGGGCAAAUACCAGGAACAUAUCACUUCAGGACAACAAUACUACCACAGACUGAUAAAUUGAAAGCUAUGUUGAAACGGCUGGAGGAAUACCAUGAAAAAUUUCUGGAUGAAUAUAAGUAGUUCUUCAGCUAUCUUCAAAAGUCCACUCAAUAACUGAGAAUGACUUUACAUUACAUUCAUAAAUGUUAUCUUGUUGUUGAAUUACAUUAUUUAGAAUGUUCUUUUGGAAAAUCUGUUUUCUGUAAAUGAAAGAAAUAUAAUAAAAUCUGAUAUUGUUAGCUCGUGUAAAG